GCGGCGCGCCGGUUCUCGCGCGACACUGUCCUCGCCCUGCGGCCCGCCCGCACGACUUGGCUCCGCUUGACACUCGAUGACUCAUGUGCUAUCGUCCAGGCUAGGCUAAUGACACCGUAGUGUAUAGUGUGACUAAUGGAGCUCGAUGAGAGUCAGUGCAGUGUGGUCUAGUGCUGUCAUGUGGGGAGUGCGAUGGUGCUGAAAGCGAUGUCGCGGCCGCUGAGCCUGCUGCUGGCAGUCGUCGGCGUCGUCUUCGCCAACCAGCUCGAGGACAUCCCGCAUAAUGAAGUCAAAAACUGGGCGUUAAAAUUCGGCGUGGACUUAUGGGAAUUCGGAAGACACUUCACAAAAAUGAACCAGAUACAAAACAAAUACCACGAGUACAACGUGGAGGUGGCGCGCAAGGACGGGCUGCUGUUGGUACGCGAGCUGGCUGCCGAGGUCAAGAACCACAUGGACUUCAAGAUCAACGCCGUCAUGCGUAUCAUGGACAGCGCGGAGGCCGCAGCCUUGUCAGCUGGCGGCACGAGCGAUGGCUCCCCAGGGUCUUACUAUGACGCUCGCUGGCUGAACGUCCAUGCUGAUGAUGGAACCCUAGCAGCCAGGGCAAGAAGGCUGUUGCUCUCGCCAAGCAGACACUUCGACCAUAUCGCUGUUAAUACCAGUUAUAGUGCCGUGCUAAUGCCUCCAUAUAUCAAUACUGAGGGAUCGGAGGUGCAGCAUCAGAUUGCGUGGUCGGAGCACCUGGACCCGCUGUUUGUGAACAACUACGAGAUCGACCCGACUCUCUCUUGGCAGUACUACGCCUCCUCCACCGGCUUCAUGAGGCGGUAUCCAGCAAUGUCAUGGCCCCCCGAAGACGGCUUCUCUCAUCACGCCAGAGAUUUCUACGACUUCCGGUCAUCAAACUGGUUCGUGGAGGCUGCCACGUCUCCUAAGGACUUGGUGAUUCUUCUCGACGACUCCGACGACCUGGGGUCAUCCUACUGGAGGCUGGCCAAAGCCACGGUCUCUGGACUGUUGGAUACCCUGGGUCCCAACGACUUUGUCAACGUAUACCGCUACAGCGACACCGUUUCGGAGAUCAAUUCCUGCUAUACGAAAAUGCUGGCACAGGCCAUCCCUGAAACGGUGAGGGACCUGAAGACUUCGCUAUGGAACGCCGAGGCUUCUGGUGGCGUGGCCAACUUGACAGGGGCACUGAUUACCGGCUUCGAGAUAUUGCAAAGGUACAAUCGAACUGGCCAGGGCUGUCAAUGCAACCAGGCGAUAGCAGUGGUCGGGGCGGGGGGCGGCGCGAGCGGGGUCAAAGCUGUCUUCCGCUCGUGGAACUGGCCACACAUGCCCGUGCGCAUCUUCACCUAUCGGGUUGGAGGAGACGCCGCCUCCGGUCACACCAUGAAAGACAUGGCUUGCACUAAUAAAGGUUUCUACGUAUCAAUCAACGAGCACUCUGAGAUCCGGCCAAAGGUGCUCCAUCUGGUGGAAGUACUAGCACGGCCUCUGGUCAUGUACCAGACCCUACAUCCAGUGCACUGGAGUCCCGUCUACGUGGGGGGGAAGAGCAGCAGCCUCGCCAAUGACGGCAUGGGACAACUUAUGACUUCUGUGACAGUUCCUAUCUAUGACAGGAGAAACCACACGCAAAGAGAAGCAAAUCUAUUGGGUGUAGUCGGUACCGAUGUUCCUGUCGAUCAAAUAAGGAAGCUCGUGCCACCAUAUAAGCUUGGAGUUAACGGAUAUUCCUUUAUGGUGGACAACAACGGGCAUGUAUUGUAUCAUCCUGAUUUGAGACCACUGCAUACUAACGAGGAAUAUACAGAAACGCUACGCCCUCUGUAUUCGAGUAUAGACCUGACAGACGUCGAGCUGCUGGUGGACGCAGACGAAAACUCAAGAGUCAACGUGACCUCACUUCUGCUUGAUCUCCGCCACGACAUGAUAGAACAGCGCGAAGGCGAAACAGAAAUAGGGGUAAAGGUCCAAUACGAUGCCAUGAGGCGAGUAGCAACCAGAAGGCAACGGUACUUCUACAGCCCAGUGGACGGCACACCAUACUCGUUGGCGGCUGUCCUGCCGGACGGGUACGGCAUGUACGAAUUGCAGGCCGAGCAGGAGGUCAAGCAUAGUCUUAUCAACGUUACUGAAUACUUCAAAGGUGAAAACUGGAAGAUCCACCCCGACUGGGUAUACUGCGAGUACGCGUCCACCUCCGAUCAGACGUUCAAUUCCGCGGAGGAGCAGCUGCUACACUUCCUGUCGCGCGCGGGCCGCCCUGGCUGGAAGUGGAUGUCGCUGCGCCCGCGCGCGCUCACGCUGCACAACGCGCACAAGAAGCAGGACAGGGACGCUUAUUACUGUGACAAAACUUUAGUUCAGUCGCUUAUCCGUGACGCCAUGGUUAUAAAAGAAUUGGACGCACACACAGGACAUGCCAGCCACCACUCACACCCGAUAGCAACUUUAAUGGCACUAUUGACAAGACAAGGCCGCUUCCACAAGUUUGUGGUGUCGCUGUCCUUCAUCGCCACCCGCAGCGGCUUCCUCAAGUGGACCGAGUAUGGCAACACCUCCCGCACUUCCGACUCUGCUGAACCGCAUUUCAGCGAGAAAUAUACUCGAGCCUUCGACUCUGAAUGGUAUCGUCGAGCAGUGGAGCACCACUCCAUAGAACCAGAAAGCUUUGUGUUCUCCGUGCCGUUCCGCGACGGAUCUGAAGCGGACGACCUCAGUGGACGCCCGCCCUUAGUGCUGGCCACUCAUGCAGUGUUCGUGGCGUCGAAAGGACAUCGCGCGCCGGCAGCUGUGGUGGGACUGCACUUCCAGUUGGAAUCGCUUGCGCAACACUUCUUGAACGUCACAUCCACGUGCACAGCUGGUAGCAUCUGUAAGAAGACCUGCGCUGGAGACGAGCUGGACUGCUACAUUCUGGAUGAUAACGGGUUCAUUAUCCUGUCAGAAGAUGUUACACAGACGGGCAGGUUCUUCGGCCAAGUGGACGGCACCAUCAUGGACUCGCUGGUGCAAGACCGCAUCUACAAGAAGAUCACGGUCAACGACAAUCAAGGAAGAUGCCCAGAUUCGAAGAACCCUUUCAGUGGUGGCGUCAACAAGUUAACGCCAAUGAGACCUCUUGCCUGGCUCGGCGGCUACGUCACCCAGUUGCUGGCGGUUUGGUUCCCGCUGUGGGAAUCUGUGCGAGCGAGAGCACAUGCUUACGUUGAUGAAGAUAUAGCAGACUAUGAAGAUUAUGAAACUGAUUCCGGUCUAGGAAACGAUGAAGAAAUAGAUCGAGACAGAGGCACCUACGAAAUCAUUCUGGAUGGCAAGAGCAGCAGCAAUUCUGAUGGGGGCGGGGAGGAGCCCCCCCAGGGAGGAAACGGAGGCGGAUUCAGUACCGUGCGGGAACCGCCGCGGGAAGCAGCUAGGUCGGCGGCUGUGAGGCCUUGCGUCACUAGUGCGGAACUCUUCACGCUGCAGUCGACCAGAUUAAAUGCAGCGCAACCGCUGAAAGGAAAACUGACCAAUUGCCAUAAUUCGGGAUGCGAAAGACCAUUCAGCGUGCAGAAAAUCCCGCACAGCAACCUGAUCCUGCUGGUGGUGGACACGCUGUGCCCAUGCGGCGCCAAGCGGCUGGACGUGCGCGCGCGCGAGGCGCCGCCGCGCGCCUGUCGCCGCGCCGCCGCCCGCCACCGCCGUCGCCCGCCCGUCUGUCUCUCCUACCAUCCUGAGGAAAUCGAAAUCCAAUCGUGUGGUCGCGGUGGUCGGAUACAACCUUUACUGGCACUAGUAACGGCCCUAGUGCUGCGGCUCUGCGUCACGUGACUACUGCAACUGCAGCCCUAGACACCGCAGCCGAGAAGCGACCACUAAACUCCAGCUAUAAACCAAGAUGCCCAGUCCUUGACCAGAUAUGAUGCAGCGUUUAUGAGAAAGCUUCGGUUCGGUCGCCGUUCAACAGUAUUCGACCGUCUGUGUGAUUGAGGACCGUUUGUAGGAAGAGUGUGUAGAUUACGAAUGGUGUGAUGGUAGGAUAAUGCGCGAGUGCUGACGCGCCGCGUGUCGUUUAAGAGUUUUGAUCUAUUUUACCGACUGAAGUUUUGGUCCGACCAAAUGAACUUUCGAUCUUGUUUUGAGACAGGAUUAUUAUCUAUUCGAUUUAGGAUACGAUAAUGAAUUAAAAUAUUUUCCUCUCUCGUUGAGUUGUCACGUUUCAUAUUGUAAUAACUAUUGCGAACGCAUACAGUAAAUAGGUAGGUAACGAAUAUCUUGUUAAAUUUAAAUCGAAGAUUAUCACAAACUUGGAGAUCUUAUAAAUUAUAGCUAAUGUUAAUAGGUAUUAAAGAUUAAUGUAAAGAUAAUAUCGUUUGAAACAGUUUUAGAAAAAUUUACCUAUGUUGAACCAUACUCGAUUUAUUUCUCGAUACUUGUCAUUGAAUUUAAUCGCAAUCUUAUUGAAUAGUUGCAUAGAGUUGAUGUAUAUAAGACUAUUUAAUUUGUAGGCGUUUUAUUUGCCGAUUUUAUGUGUGCCUGUGUAAUGAUUAUGUAAAAAGUCUUACUCGGAGGCGGGUGUCGCGGACAAGGUGGAGAGUUGUUUUAAUAUUACUCGCCUAUUGGGCAUGACAUCAACGAUAGCAAUCUAUCGAAAGCAAUAGAGUAAAGUUAUCGACGGGUGUAUUGCCUUGCUGGCUGUUAGAUCGUCGAUCACUGGACAAUAAAUGAGAUUAAUGUGGAAGUGUCGUCGCGACGCCAGUCCUCGCGGGCUUUCCAUUCGUCUAGUUGUUAGUAUUUUUCUCGCCUAAUCUUCGAAUAAUGUCGUAUUGAGGAAACUGUACACGGUUUCAUAUUUUUAUUGUAAAUAUUUUACUAACUUAAAUGGCCUACUACAUUUAAGAACGUGUGUUGCUAAUGUUUAAGUCGUUCAAUUCAACUAUUGUGGUUAUAACUACGUCAUGUCGACCCAUCUCAAUUAUUUGUUCGCAUAUCAUGUUCCUUACCUGAGGCCACAUUUUAUUAUUCUACUUUCAUACGUAACGUUUCGCGGUGUAAGACAGUAAGGCUAAGUAUAUAAACUUGUUUGUACCUAACAUUAAUGUGAAUGUUAAAUAGGGCUAAAGUUCAGAUCCAUAUACUUACACUAAUAGAUUUUUGAUAACUACCUAUAUCAUAUCGAAUAAUCAUACCUAAUCGUAAAUUUUAUAGAAUGGCUUGCUGUUGUCCGUUUGCCGCCAUAUAUUUACCUGCGGGUAUAUUGAAAUAGUACAAAAACAUUACAAAUAGUUAUCAGAUAGCGAGUGCCAAACCAUGGAGUUUUUUUUUUCAACUCAUGUAUUGUAUUCGACGGGACCGAUAGAUAGUUUACGUACAUGCGGGACAAUGGCAAGCUAGUGUGUUGUCGGCGAGUGUGUCGGUCGCAGUAAUCGCCUAGAAUCUUAAAUCUUAGUAGCCGUGAGAAUAUAUUCGUUGUAAUGUCUAAAAUGUAUAUAUGUAUACGAUGUUUAUAUCUGACUUUAAAAACUGACUCUACUCUUACUAAUAAGAUCCCUUCGUUGCGUCUACGUUUUGCCUGGGUUACGUACUGUUGCCGAGACACGUCGUAUUAUCAUAAUCAACAUAAUCCAUGUCGUAACAUAUACAUAUUCACAAAUAAAACAGAAUCGUCAGGAGCGCUUUUGAGAAUUGUACAUUUUGUAUAAAUAAUACAGUAAGGAGUCGAUAUAAUGGCGUAGCGAUCGUUGGUGAGUGGCGAGCGGCUGGCAACUUACUGAGAGUGCUUAUAUAAGCGUCGAGUCUUCCAUAGCAGUCAGCGCGCCGAGUGUCUACUGUAACGUUUAAGUAUUAUAUGAUAAUAAAAAUUAUAGCGUAUACUUAUCAUAGAAUAUAGGCGAGCUCGCGUCUUGUGCGUGCAGAUAUUUUUACUUGCACUUGGCGGGAUUUAGUUCGAAAUAACAUAGACACAAAACAAAUACCUCGUUUAGUUACUCAAAACGUAAUAGGUGAUUCCGACGAGCGUUUCGACCGCCGCCAUUACCAUUCGCCAAAUUUCUGAAUUGAAAGAAUUAAUGUUUGGUUUUAUAAUUAUGGAAUAUUAUCAUGAUCACAGCACAGCUUAUUCAUUAUAUAAAAAAGUGGUUAUAAAACUGAUUAUUGCCUGUGUUAAAAAAGUAUGGUAAUGACGGUGACGCGAUAGAAACGCACCCAGAAUAACUCUAUAGCUAGACAGAAUUAGCGUUUAUUUCGCGUUUAGUUCUCGGACAUAUCAAUUCAGGCACCAAAUGACUAUAGCGUAAGUGGUUUUAAAUUUUUUCGAUUGUGAUCUUUACGUGUUUAGAGGAAGUCCUCUAGUAAUCGUCUAGGUUCGUACAUGCAAUAACUUUAUAUGAAUGAGAACGGUGAUUUUUCCACUUUUAUCAAUAUGCGUCGCGAUCAUUUGAUUACAUCGGCCAUUGGACCAUAUAGUUCAUAACAACAGGUAUCGACAAAGAAGACAGUUACAAUCAAUUUUAACAAAGAAAGAUUAUAUUUAUUUUCAUAUCACGAAUUCCACACAUACUUAAAAUGAACACUACAUUACUAUGUACAAGUUUCAAUAAAUGGCCGAUUUAACUAAAUAAGCAGCGACAUAGUUAACAUUUUCUAUGAAAUCAAAAUUAAAUUUCGUUUAUCGUGUAAUAAAUAUGUCGUUCCCCUGUUCAAGCUUUUUAGGAGUAUAUUCAAAAUUUGUAUAAAUUUCCAAAUAAUUCGAAAAUUUGAAGCGAAUAUUGAUGUCACUGUUUUUAAAAUUUGUUUUUAUUGUAUUAGUUUAAUGAAUAGUUGUAUUUGGGCACGGCCGACUCUGUGAACAUGGUUCUCUAGUGUAAUUCUAGUAAAAUACUGUUCUUUUGUUACUUGCCCGUUCAUGCUAUAGAUAUACAGUAAUUACAACAAUAAAGUUCUCUUAUAACAUUGUGA